AAUAGAUUGUUUUUAAACCCGUUUGCGUAGCUUUUAUGUCUUUACAAAUGCAGAGUGCAGGAAUAAACGCUUCUUGAACCCGGGAAUUAUUCUGACCGUUCGUGCUAGCAGCGACGUUAGCUGCGGAACUUUACAACAGACAUGCGAAUUAACGCUAAAUAUUGCCCCAGCUGAGAGAGAAGAGGUGCUGCGCGACCGCGGCAUGAAUUCAAGUCACGUUCACGUAUUGUAGAAAUGACACAUUUUAAGUGCGUUUAGCUUUGCUUCAGAAACGUCCGAAUACAACGUUAGGUCGAACAUUGUUUUAAUAGUUCGCUGGAGACGGCACGAAUGUCAAAUGUGGAGCUGUAACCUGCCAUUAAAGCGUCUGAGUAUUUUGAAAAGCGCUAUAGAAAUGUAAUGUAUUAUUAUGUUUAGGGAGACGUCAGAAAGUGCUCGUUGUUUUUCCACAGAGGUUUUGUUUUACGAACUCGGUGAAGGUCUUUUUGAAGGCACCAGAUGCAGCAGGCUGACCCGUCGUCACCUCCCAGCUGUUCCUCCACCUCUGACUGCUUCCCCCUCAGUAACACAGCCCAAUGUGGAAGUGCGCCCUCAGUUGAACCCGAGAAACGCAUAGUGAGAGCCAACCCGCCACACCUCUGCAGAAUGCCGUCCAUCGUGAGCUUCUACGUGUGCUACCUGCUGUGCCUGGGCCUCAGUCUGGCCUGCAUGGUGUGCGUGUGUUUGUGGAACAGCCGGUGGCGGGGCGGUUUUGCCUGGGACGGGUCGUCGCUGCAGUUCAAUUGGCAUCCGGUGCUGAUGGUGACAGGCCUGAUUGUGCUGUAUGGCAACGGAGCCGUGUUGUACCGCAUCCCCCUAUCCUGGGGUCACAAUAAGCUCCCCUGGAAGCUGCUGCAUGCCACCGUGAUGCUCCUGGCCUUGGUGCUGUCCAUCGUGGGUCUUUGCGCCGUGUUCGACUACCACAACGUUGGAAACACUCCGAACCUCUACUCUUUGCACAGCUGGAUUGGAUUUGCUGCUACGGCACUUUUUGCCAUACAGUGGGUGGUGGGUUUGGCCGGCUUCCUGCUGCCCUGCUCCCCCGCGUCUCUGCGCGCUCUCCUCAAACCUGUCCACGUGUGGAUGGGCGGCAGCAUCCUGUGGCUCAGCAUCGCUGCCUGCAUCUCGGGAAUCAAUGAGAAACUGUUCUUUGUUCUAGGCAGUGUGUAUGCUGCCCUUCCACUCGAGGCUGUGUUGGCAAAUGUAUUGGGAGUUUUGAUUGUGGCCUUUGGUCUGGUUGUCCUGAAGAUUUUGUCCAACCACGAGUGGCAGCGACCAGAGUCCGGGCCCGAGGACCUGGUUUACGCGCCGCUGCAUCAAGAAGAACAUGAAUGAAGUGAAUUUAAAAAAGAAAUGCUCUCCGCAAACCCUGUCCAAACAGUUUGACCAUCACAGAUCAUUCCCUUUAACAAUCCAAAAUAUCUGCUUUGCAUGUACUAAUAGCUAUUUGAACACUGUGAGAAUUAUGCAGGUCGUUUUGGGUGUAAAUAUUUCUUUGAAAUUCUAUUUAGAAUUUUAGCUAAGACAACCUUAGAACAUUUGACCACAGAUAUGUUCCUAAGGUGAAGAAUAUAUCUAAAAAAUCAACAACCAUAAAAUACAUUUAAAGCUGGUGUUGUAUUAUAAAGGCUGACCUAACGUCGAUGAUCAAAUGUUGCUAUUUAAGUUUACAUAAUGACAACUGUUUGCCGGAGUUCACUUUUUGUUAUUAUUAUUCCUUUAUUUAAGAUCAAUAUUGAAGUAUGACAUUGUAACAAAUGUCCAGGUUUCUAUUGAGCUUUUUGAAUAAAGCUUUGAAUGUC